AUGGUUUCUUCGUUGCUCCUCUCGGUGUCGCUGCUCGCCAGCACUGCCGUUGCGGCCCCCAAGCAGCCAUCCUACGGUGGUGGAUACAAGACCUCGGACUGGGUGAAGGGCAAGGCUUUCGACCGUGUCGCCAUCAUCUGGCUCGAGAACACCGACUAUGACCUCGCCAUUGGAGACCCAAGCUUGAAGUGGUUGGCUAAGAAGGGUAUUACCCUCUCCAACCACUUUGCGGUCACGCAUCCUUCCAUGCCAAACUAUGCGGCCGCUAUUUCCGGCGACUACUACGGAAUCAACCACGAUGAUCUGACCGCGAUCCCGUCCAACGUCUCGACCAUCGUGGACCUUUUGGAGGCGAAGAAGAUCUCGUGGGGAGCGUACCAGGAGGAUAUGCCUUACACUGGUUUCCAGGGCUUCGACUACAAGAACCAGCAGACAGGUGCCAACGACUACGUCCGCAAGCACAACCCUCCGGUCUUGUACGACUCUGUCGCCGACCAGACCAGCCGCUUGAACCAGAUCAAGAACCUGACCCUCUUCCACGAGGAGCUCAAGGCGGAUGCUCUGCCCCAGUGGAUGUUCAUCACUCCCAACAUGACUUCAGAUGGACACGACUCCACAGUAACCGUCGCUGGAACCUGGUCUAAGAACUUCCUCGAGCCGCUUUUGAACGACAAGAAGUUCAUGAAGAACACUCUUGUCAUCCUCACCUUCGACGAGAACCACACCUACACCCAGCAGAACCGCAUUGUUGCCAUUCUCCUUGGCGACGCUGUCCCCAAGAAGCUCGUCGGCACCACCGACAGCAACUUCUACAACCACUACAGCGAGAUUGCUACCGUUCAGGCUAAUUGGGGUCUCGACACCCUCGGCCGCUGGGACGUCGGUGCCAACGUGUUCGACUUCGUUGCCAAGAAGACUGGUGACAGCGUCAGGCAGUGGCACGGCCAGACUCCUCUUUCCCAAAUGUACUGGAACGUCUCAUACGCCGGCAAGCUCAACGACAAGAACACCUCCGUCCCAUGGCCCGUGCCCGCUACCAAGUUGAACCACAACGGACGCAAGGUCGCUGAUGUUGUCAAGAAGACCUGGGGCUCUCUGGAGAAGGAGUCCGCUUACACCACUGCUCUUGAGGUUCCAGACGGUCUCCACCCGGAGCCUGAGUUCACCCGCGCUCAGAAGACCAAGUGGUAG